AUGGGUGUGGGCUACACCUUCUUCUGGAGCGGACGCCGAAAAGCAGAGCAACGCGAUGCAUGUGGCACCUUUAUCAUCCGGAACGGCAUCGUGGGACGACUGCGCAGUCUGCCUCAGGACAUCAGCGACCGACCGCUGAGCCUGCGUCUGCCCCUUCGGGUAUCCAAAUUCGCCACCAACAUCAACGCCAAAUCCCGCACCCCAAAUGAUCAGAACUGA